AUGUCUCUCUGGAGCUCCUACCGCGGCCUCAGCCCCAAGACUAGGGCUCUCUUCGGAAUCGGCGUGAUGGCCUGGGCAGGUAUCGGACUUUGGACCGAGUCGAAGGUCGAGAGCGCGCUGGGUAUGCAGCCCUCGAAGGAAGAGCAGGAAGCGCUGGAUCGGCAGAUGGCGGUGCGCGUUUCGCGCGUUGGUGGGGAUGAGUCGACACAGCGCUAG